CUAGUUCAUGCCUUUGGCUCCACUGUAACUUAUUGGAAGAUAGAUUUUAUAAUGUAUGACGCCAGUGUCCAGUUUUGCCUGCAUGGUACUCAGCAGUCAGUAGCAAAGAAAUUCAACAAGACAACUAGCAUUUCUCUGAAGGUUUCAGGUAUUGCUGACAUCCAGCAAAGAAAUUUAAUGAAAACUGCGUAAAAAAAAUGGGGAAGAAGAAGAUGGCAUUUCCUGUUCCCCUCCCAGUCCAGAUCAAUUCAAGCAUGGAUAAGAGAAACAAUAAUGAUCAAGCUUGGACAGUGACCGAGCCAGGUUUCCAGGACCAGAACUCAUUUUCUUCAUGUCUUUCAGAAUCUUCUGGAACUCCACCUGUUGACAAGGGAGUUCCAGAACUCCCUUCUGCUUGAAUUCAUAUUCUCCUCAGCCUGCUCCUGAAGCAUCAACCUCAAGAAUGCAGGGUCAACUAUAUACCCCAAUUCAAGAAUAAACCUCUGAGUUUCCUUGUCUUUAAUUGCAAAAGCAGUAAAAUGUCCUGGCACUA